GUGCAUUUUGUGUUCUUCAGCUCUCUCGGUCAGUGAAAACAAUGGAACUUCUGGCCAAUGAAAGUGUAGCAUCGUAUGACAGACGCCUUCCUGCGCAUGCGCAGUCUAACCACGUCAAUGUAGCGCGGGAGUUCAUUUAUAACACGAGAAGAGGAAAUACAUAGACGCAGGAGUUGACAACACCGGUGAAGUAAGUAUCAUAUUCAAACUAAACAACUGUAAUGUAUGUACUUGCAACAAAAGAAUACGUUUUGCUUAUGUUUGCAGGCCGAUCGCUGACAGUUUAGUUCUUUUGGGUCUGACACGUGAGACUUGAACGCACUUAACGUUAUUGUUUUAAGUUCGAGACUGAUCGCGUUGUAAAUAAUGUUGAAUAUAUUAGCGGGUCAUAAUCAGGAAUUACCGAUUCGAGUUUUUUUUAUUGUCUGUACUCUGUGUUUCUCCCAGUGGUCUGUCCCACACCGGUAAUAUGGAGGGUGAGUUCUCGCAGUCUCUUACCCCGCCCGUGUCCCCCUCUGCUCUGGAUCAUUACUGUGAUUCUGCCCCCAGUCUGCCCUCAUGCUUCGCCUGUGCGUACGAGCAGGGCAGAGAAGAGGCUGGAAGAUUCUCCUCACAUGGCUACAUAAGUAGAGGGGCCCUCAAGAGGCUUCUGUUAAAGCUCGAUCCAGCUCCAGCAGAUUUCGAGGGGGACACGGUUGAUAUUUUCGACUUCCCUUGGGUGACGGAAACAGCGCUGGUUGAAUCUACCAAACUUCUGUUUGGCUUGUUGAGACAAAAGGUGUUAAAGCUGGAGACGCUGGUGCAGUCCAGCUCGCAUGAUUUUGGUCAAGCGAGCAGUCUUCACUAUGAGGCAGAAGAACUGAGACAGCAGUGCGUGCUGUUCCUCAGCUACGUGAAGGUCUUUCUUUACAGGUUUUUGGAGCCUUCUCAGUCCUUCGAGGAAGGUCCUGUUCACCCCUAUAGAGACCUGGAGUCUCAGCUGCCCUCUGUCCUGGUGGAGGAGCUCUUCGGUAUCACGCUGCUUAUCGGACGUCUCAAAAAUCUGCCGGCCAAUGUCCAGAGUGCUUUUACGAUUCAGCAUCAGGGAAAGCUCUUUCCUCCAUCCUGGCAAUUGUUACAUCUGCAUCUGGACAUCCACUGGUCUGUUCUGGAGAUCCUGCACCUGUUGGAACAAAGGAUGACUGGUCAGAUAGUUUAUGCGCACCAGUUUGUUAAUUUGACUGGAGAGACGCUCACAAACAUCAGUCUGCUUGAGGAUCAAGUCAACAACCUGCUCUGUGAUCUCAUUGGGUUGGCCAUGAACAAAUACAAUAAGGUGAGACCAACAGAGAUUUUGAAAACCCAUCACUAUCACUGCCUCUGCACUAAGGAGCUAUGGAUUCUUCUCAUUCAUUUCCUGGAGCACAGGAGUAAAACCCUGCACACACAACCUUUUUGGAGUUAUGUAAAUACUCUGCUCCAGACUGCUCUGAAGGGGGUGCCUUCAGGGGAUCGUGACCCGGGGCUCCCCGGACACUGUAAGGAACCUGAAGGGUUCACUUGGUGGUUGCUCGCACACCUGGCCCAGCUUGGGAUGCACAACCGGAACGGCGUCAUUCAACAGAAGAAGCAACUUGAGGAUAAUUGGGCUUUUGCGAUCGAGCUGCUGAAAUCGAGCUGUGAUCCAAAGAGAGCUACGCAAGAAGAGCAGGUUCGAAUGGUCGUCCAUUGCUGCCUCAGUCUCAGUUUAAUAUGGGGCCCGAACGUCAGUGCUGUGACAACGCUCUGGGAAUAUUAUAACAAAAAUCUAAAUGGAUCUUUCACCGUGCCCUGGUUAGGUGUGUCGGGGCUGGGCAGCAUCAGCAGGACUCCCCUGUGUCUGUUGCAGCAGGCCAAAAGCUGCUGUAGCCCUGCGUCCGUCAGCUCCAGCAUUCACACACAACUCUACCGCUCCGCCAACUCCUUUCAUAUGUUCCUGCGCAUCUUGGCCCUUCACCUGAGUCAGGAACACGCCGGCGGCGCCCCCUGGAGACAGAUCAAGGGCAGACUCUACUCAAAGUUCCACCAGCGGCGGAUGACGGAGCUUUCUGAAACCGGCCUGCUGCACUUCCUGCUCCUCUUCCUGGUCCUGGCGCAGUGUGCGGAGCUCGAGGACGUGGCCAGCCGAGCGUGUGACUUGCUUGCCAUGCUGCCCGCUGACUCCACGCCCCCAGCCAUGCGCUCGCUGCACUGGAGAGGCCAGCUGGCUCUUGUGCUGCUGUAUUUGGAGAAAGGAUUAGAUGUUGGCGCGUUGGCGGAGCAGUUGGCCGCCUACUUCAGCCAGACGGCCCGCGAGUUCUACCUGAAGACCACCGAGCCUUCUCGCAAGCUAGCUCUCUGGGUACCACUUAGCUCGUACCUGGAGGGGGUGAGCGAGGUGUUUGAAACCAGCCCUAGUCUUAUGCUUUCAGAGGAGAGGCUUUUAAACGAAGGCUUUGGACUGUUGCUGCCCGCCUGCCGCCAGUCUGAGCUCAGCUCUGCUUUGGGCUUUCUGCAGACCGUGUUGGCGCAGUUACGGAGAGUUCAACAGCGCUGCAACCAGCCGCCUCACACCACCACAGAAUCUCCCGGCUGGGCUCCGCUCCCCAGCGUGGCUAAAGAGCGCCACCAAGCGGUGGCGUUGACACUGUGGUCUCACUUCUUCCCCUUUCUGUGCAGCAUGAGGCUCUCCCAGACCCCCCCGCCACAGCUUGCGGACGCCGCAGCAGGCUUCACGCUGUUGGCAUUAGACAUGCCUGGCUCCGCCCCUCAAAAGCUCCAGCCCCACCCCAUCCAGUCCAUAAUGCAGAGCUUCGGCUGGGAUGAAAUGCUCCACCCCUUGCUGGUUACCCACUAUCUAAAUCACCUGCUUCAAAACGGAGAGCUGGUCAGUUGGGUCAGUUCUGGACCAGGCUCAGGUUCAGCCCAGGCUUUGUGUGUGCGUGCCUGGAUGCGCUGUGUUCUACAACAAUACCUCCAUAAAAGCCAAGAUGCCCCAGACUCAAGAGCAGGAAGAAAUCUGGACGAACAGCUGGCUGAGUUAACCAGACAGGUAUUCCGGCUUCCAGAAGUUGAAUCUGUGCUCCAGAAAGCGGGCCUGCAUUCUGCUAUGCAGGCCCGAGAACCUAAACCCGCAUUAGCUUUGUUCAUCAAGGCUGUGGGCAGAUCGUACUGUGAGCUCCAGGUUCUCGCAGAGCGCUCUUCAAUGGUGUUUCGGGCCCUGGAGUACGUUGGAGACAUUCUCAAAUACAUCAAGCCUUAUCUUCUGAACAAGAGCCGAGAGGGUCUACAGCUUUCCUAUUGGGUCGUCGGCUGCUUGGUCAAGCACUGGAGCCACCUUUUGGCCACCACUAAAGCUCAACAGCUGCUGUUCCGCAUUGUAGAUGUGCUGCUACUGCCCCACGCUCUCCUCCAACAGGACAGUGGUGCACACACUCAAAUGUUGUCGGCCCUCAAAGACAGUCUGCCUCUCUUCCUGCAGGGUUUGUCCGUGGCUGUGGGCGUGUCCCAGUCUCAGGGGGCGUACGUUAAGCAGCAACUACACAGUGUUAUCAACCAAUAUCUGAGCCGCUUCCUCCCAGCCACACCCUCUAUUGGGGCGGUGGUCAAUCAUCCCGUCCUGCUGGCGGCCUGCGAAUCAAACAUCACCCCUCAGGGGGAAAGACUGAGGAGAAGCAUUCUGCAAGUGCUAAGAGAUAACUUCCUCCAGUUUAAAGGCCACGCCCCUCCGCCUCGAUUGGCUGCCGUUUUGUCUUUCCUGUUGGAGCUCUUGAAAAGAAACAAUGACACAGACCCCUCCCUACUCGCUACACCCCUCCCUUUGGUUCUGCGCUGUCUGAUGCUGGUCAACGAACCACAGGUAAAGAGAUUGAGUACAGAGGUUACACAGCUUAUUGUGGAGUGAUGCACCGCUUCGGCAGGAGAGCAGCCGUGCGAACACACCAUUACUAUACUACGGGCCUUCGUGGAAGAGAAUGAGGGUGUAUAUGACCAGCAAGUGUAUAAUGUUCUGGAGGUUGUGGCCGUUCUUCACCCCUCCACAGUGACUGCUCUUAUUCCCUUUCUGUCACUGAGCCUUAGAAAGACGGAGUGCAAAAGAGGUCUGGGAAAAAACUCCUCACUCAGGAAUGGCUAUAAGAAGCUGCUGGCCCUGCUUGGAGAAAGUGGCCAGGCUGAGAUGAUCAGUUUAGAGGAAGACUGACUUUACAUCCAGUGCGACUCCAAUUCCAGCAUUAACUCUCAUACCUCCACUGUAAAUGAUGUACAUGAUGUGUAGAGUAGCCUGUGUAUUUGUGCAAUAAACGUGUAACAUAUUAAGUUCCCAUCUGUUCGUUGAUUUGCAUUACUAACCUACACAAGUCAAAUGUGCUAUAGUAUGACCUUGCCUCCUAGUUGUCGGUUUCCUAUAUUCUCCUCCUUCUGGCCUCACACUUUUCUCAACAAACUAGCAAUCAAAACCGGCCAUGAAACCACAAAUAUGACACCUAUGACUCCCUCGAUCACCCACUACCACCAAACCUUUCCUUUAACUAUUCAUACUGUUUGCAAUCUCCAUGCAAUUCUGGCCACAAAUUGCCUAGAGCCUCUCAUCACUCCUACCCUUCCUUCUCUCCCUCUCCUCCAUCCCAAUCAUUCCUUUCAUUUCCAUCUGCAGCUCCCCCCGCACCUCCAUCUCGGCUCCGGGUUCACUUGCAGCCAGCGCGCUAGCACCUCGCCCGCAGUGUGGCACAGACAUCACACUUCAUUAGAGCAGAGCCAUCAAAUGAGCCGCGCCGUCGCUUUCACCUCGCUCUCCGUCACGUCACUUGUUCAUUCUCCGAGCUAAUCAGCAGUCAAUUUCAGUGCAACGGUUCUGUUGUGUACACCUAAACAGAAUAAUUGUCAUUGCAUAUAUGUUUUUAUCUUUUAGUAUUUUAUGGUCAUCUGUAUUUCAGUCGGUGCAUCUUUGAACUAGAACACUUAAGCCUCUUAGAGAUGAAUGGCUCUUCAUUAUCGUUUUGGAUAAAAGCAUAGACGUAAACACAAUAGCAUACCAUUUCCUAAACCCAGUGAGCUGUGUGCUGCCUAUGCGCUUUCGUCAGUGUAUUUCAUUCAGUUUUGCCAAACACAUUUCUUUCAACUCAUCUGACAUGAUAUGAUUAUAUUAAUUGAUUCAUUGGGCAUUCUGGGAUUGCCAGACAAUGACGCCUUAAAGACACUGUUCACACUCUAAUGAAAAUUCUAUCAUUUAUUCACCCUCAUGUCAUUCCAAACCAGACUUUCUUUAGCAGAACACAUGAAUAAACCAAACAUUUGUUGCCAUUGACUCGUAAUCCUUAUAUGGACACAAAACCACGGAGACGUUUCUCAAAAUAUCUUUUGUAUUCCACAGAAGACAUAAUCCUACAGAGAUUUUGAGGACAUGAGGGUG